AUGGUGGUUGUUCGAAAACGAGAUAGAAGCUCAUUGUCGUCACCUCUUCCGCUUGUCAGCACGGGGCGCAACAGAAGCAUUGCGACGUCUAGUCCUUUCAUUUAUGAACAAAACAUGCCUCCGAAACCAUGGAUGAUCCGAAGGUCUUCUCAUUCGUCUUCGAGCAUCCCUCGCUAUGCAGAUUAUACAAAGCAAAUGGACGAUGAUGAUGGCAAUAGAUCUUGGAAGUUAUUGGGAUGCUUGGUCCUUUGUCUGGCUCCUUGGAUCCCGGUAUCUGGACACUAUAAUGCUAUGCAACAACAAAAACAACUGGUAGAUCUUGCAAUCGAAGAGCACCAACAAACAGCAGAUCAACUACAUCUGUUGGCAGAUGAAAUCACAUCAGCCAAGAAAGAUUUGCGAGAAACGACAGCGCGAAACGACAAUUCAUAUAAACGACUGAAGGAUCUGCAUAUGGCACUAGAUUUAGAGAAUGAGAAAUAUUUGGCCACGGAACAAAUGGAAGAAGUGCUGUUGGAGCGGGUUGAUAGGAUCGAAAGACUCAUUCAAAAAUAUGACAGGGAAGAUCUGGAAUCACGAUACGGAAAAAAUCAAAUCAGAGUAGAAAUCGAGCUACUAAUGGAAGACAACAGUCUUGCCAGUGUUGUUGUGGAGUUGAAUUCAAAGAAAAUGCCUCACGCUUCGAACCACUUUGUAAAGAUGGCAGAGCAAAGCCUUUGGGAUGGAAUGCCUCUAAUUCGAGGAAUGGAAGAUCGUCUUGUUGCUAGUCCGUCGGCUUUGGAUGAGCACCAUCGAUCAGGUCUGUCAAAGCUCGAGAAUGCUAAUUUAACGCAUCUUGGAUUUCAGGAGUACACCAAACCAAUAUUACAAAAGUAUUCCGUUGCGUUUGCUGGAGGACGACCUGCGGGCCCGGUUUUUGUAAUUCGAAUGUCGGAAACCAAGGGAGAAGAUGAACAACACGAGGCAACGUUUGCCACGGUUGUAAAAGGGCACCAGGCGUUGGAAGAUAUAAUGCAUCGAACAGUGGACCAUGGGGAGAUUAAAAUGAAGCAUGUGCGCGUUGUCACUUCAUCAUCAAAGCGGUGA